AUGCGCGCAGUCACUCGGCUACGGCCACGUCUCAUCUCACGGCCUUCGAUCAAUCGACCGGAACGAUGGCCAUCUACAAGACUGCAAUGGUUGUCGACCACCGCAUCGCGCCAAUGUUCGUGCGCUGACGCUGCCAACGGCCGACCUACUACCCAAGCUCAAGCUCCCCCAAUUCCACCAAACGACCACCGAGCUCUGGGGACAAGUCAGGAGCUCUUCACCUCGUCGAACUAUAGUCCCGGCUCGCCUCUCUUCCUACCAAAUGGCACCCACGUCAUCAACAAGCUCAUCUCCUUCCUCCGCACGCAAUACCUGCAAUACGGCUUCCGCGAAGUCCUCACCCCGACCAUCUACAAACGCUCCCUGUGGGAAGUCUCCGGCCACUGGCAAAACUACAAGGAUGAUAUGUACGAGGUGACCGGCCGCGGCGCUACCGGCGAGACGGAGGGCGAACUCGGCGAGGAUGAAUCCUACGGCUUGAAGCCUAUGAACUGCCCAGGCCACUGCCUGCUUUUCAAAUCGCAGAACCACUCCUAUCGCGAGCUCCCGGUGCGCUAUGCGGAUUUUAGUCCCUUACAUCGGAACGAAAUCUCCGGAUCGUUGACGGGUCUCACGCGCGUGCGACGAUUCCAUCAGGAUGAUGGCCAUAUCUUCUGCCGCCCAUCGCAGAUCAAAUCGGAGAUUGCGUCCGCGUUGGGAUUCGUGGAUAUGGCCAUGACUACGUUUGGACUUGGGCCGUACCGAUUGGUGCUGUCUACGAGGCCUGAGACGGAUUAUAUUGGGACAUUGGAGAUGUGGGACAAUGCAGAGCGCCAAUUGCGCGAAGCCCUGGACAGCACUGAGCGUGAAUGGGCAUUGAAUGAGGGUGACGGUGCAUUCUACGGGCCAAAGAUUGAUAUUCAGCUUCAGGACCAGGCGGGCAAGUAUCACCAGUUGUCUACUAUUCAGCUGGAUAUGAACCUGCCCCAGCGGUUUGGACUGGAAUAUCAGGUUGCAGAGGGCGAGGAGGACUAUAAUCCGGCGACGCCCGGAUUUGCUACUCCCGUCCUCGUGCACCGGGCUAUCUUUGGCUCCCUCGAACGAUUCCUGGCCUUGCUCAUCGAACAUCACGGUGGCCAUUGGCCGUUCUGGCUGUCGCCGCGCCAGGGAAUUAUCUUGACAGUCAACCAGGAUGAUGCCGUGGUUCGCCAGGCACAAGAAGCUGCGGCUCAGUUCUCCGGGUUCAAGGUCCUCCAAAAUGACGGAACUGCUGCACCACCACGUCCUCUGUCCUCGGUUGAUUCCACAUUCCUGAUCGAUGUCGACACCAGCGCGCAGACUCUCAGCAAGAAGAUCCAACGAGCCAAGCAGAUGAAGUAUAACAUGAUCUUUAUCUUGGGUUCACGCGAUGUUGCUGAAGGUGGCAUCACCCUGGACGUCACUGGGCAGAUGCAAAGCAAGACCGACCCGGAAGCUCAGCAAUUCCGGUCAUUGAUCAAGUCCCACCUUGGUGACGACUCACUGAAGAACCCCCGCGCAGUGAAGCUCAAGUUGAACGAGGUGCAUCCAUUGCUGGAGCAAUUUGAGAGGAAUUUCCUGUGA